AUGAAAUCAAUGUUGCUUUGCCUCUGGGCUUUUACUCUGUUUUCAGCCAUAGGUCUGGUGCAUUGCCAAUUCCACAGCACCACAGAAAUCCCUCUACGCCAAACACAGGAAAAGACCAGCCUCCACUUCUUCCUCCACCACUCCUUCAAAAGCAGUAAACCCAGUUCAGUCAUUGUUGCAGGGGCAAACAGCAGCACAGGCAAUAAUGGCCUGCUGUCACCAUUCGGCACAGUGCAUGUGCUUGAUGAGCCCUUGACAGAAGGCCCAGAACCCACAUCAAAAUUUGAUGGGAGUUCCAUUGUGGUGGCUUCAAUGUUUCCGGUGGCGGCAGACUUUGCUGAGCUUGCAGCGGUUGGUGGAAGAGAAAAGUUUAGGAUGGCCAGUGGGUUUGUAGAGCUUAAAAGGUAUUACUUCAAUGAGACUACAGGUGAGGCCAUUGGAGAGUAG